AUGUCGUCAACUGUCGGCCAAGGCCUGGACUGGGCGAUGAAGAUCGCGCCCCCCCGACUACUGGAAAAAUUUUCAGCGCACUGUCAUAGACUGCAGAAAACUAAGCAGUUGAAGCAAGUCCGUUAUGAUAUAUGCAGUUUUAGUCCCGCAAGGCACUCGCGUCAGGAGAGACAUUAUUCAUCGGACACGCCGACACUAUUGCUUGACGUCUGGGGCGCGGCGUUGCAGAUCUCUGUGCUUUAUCACGACCGUCCCGAGUUUCCGUCAGAGAAGACUGUGCACAUCCACACACUAGACACGGCGGGUGACACCGCCUCAUAUGCACACAGCGCUAAAGAAGAAAAAAUUCUCUGGUGCCAGAGUCUCGGGGAUACAAUCUACCCACUUAGCUCGGGCCCAUCGUGUGCCCCAGCCACAUUCUCAUCGAGCGUCAAGCACACGGGAUCCAUAUCGGGGACCGUCAGGACG